UCCGGGGCCCCUGGAGCCUCCCCGGCCGCCGCCGCCGCCCGCCGCCGCCGCCAUCCGCGUCCUGAAGAGGAAUAUGAAACGCAGCGGAAGCAGAAACUGUUUGAACAGAAGAAGUAGGUUUGGCUCCCGAGAGAGAGAUUGGCUGAAAGAGGACGUGAAAAGAGGCUGUGUCUACCUUUAUGGCGCGGACUCUGCCUCUACGAUGGCCACGGCUGCGGCCACCUCAUCUGCUGACUUACAUCUGGUCCUUUGCACGGUUGAAACACCAGCAUCAGAGAUCUGCACUGGAGAGGGGAGGGAGAGCCUCUUCUUACAGCUUCACGGAGACCUGGUCAGGAGGCUGGAACCAACUGAAAGACCCCUACAGAUUGUUUAUGAGUAUUUGGCCAGACUGGGAUUUGAGGAUCCUGUGCGCAUUCAAGAGGAAGCAACAAAUCCUGACCUUAGUUGCAUGAUUCGCUUUUACAAUGAAAAGCCCUGUCAGGUGGAUCAAUUAGACAGAAUCCUGCUCUCUGGGAUCUAUAAUGUGCGCAAGGGGAAGACCCAGCUGCAUAAGUGGGCAGAACGUGUGGUUGUCCUCUGUGGCACCUGUCUGAUCGUGUCCUCGGUGAAAGACUGCCAGACCGGAAAGAUGCAUAUUCUGCCUCUUGUUGGAGGAAAGGUAGAAGAAGUGAAAAGGAGGCAGCAUUCCCUGGCUUUCAGUUCAGCUGGAGCACAGGCCCAGACGUAUCACAUCUGCUUUGAGUCAUUGGCAGAAUACCAGAGAUGGCACCGGCAAGCAUCAAAGGUGGUGUCUCAGCGAAUUAGUACCGUCGAUCUCUCGUGUUAUAGCCUCGAGGAGGUUCCUGAGCACCUCUUCUAUAGUCAAGACAUCACCUACCUCAAUUUGCGACACAACUUCAUGCAGCUAGAAAGACCAGGAGGCCUUGACUGUCUCCACAGGUUUUCUCAGCUCAAGGGCCUGAAUCUGUCCCACAAUAGACUCGGGCAGUUUCCCGUACUGCUGUGUGAGAUCUCCACUCUGCUGGAACUCAAUCUUUCCUGUAAUGGACUUUACGAACUGCCAGCUCAGAUCGGCAAUCUGCUCAAUCUUCAGACUCUCUGUCUUGACGGCAACUUUCUCACUACUUUACCUGACGAAUUGGGAAACCUGCAGCAACUUUCGUCCCUUGGGCUUUCCUUCAAUAACUUCAGCCAAGUUCCUGGAGUCUACGAGAAACUCACUACAUUAGAUAAACUGGCUCUGGCAGGGAACCAACUGGAGAGCCUAGAUCUGGGGAUACUGAACAGGUUGAGCCAUUUGAAACAUGUUGAUCUAAGAAUGAACCAUUUGAGAAGGAUAGUUGCCGACAACCUGGAGGGGAAUAAGCAUAUUACCCACGUGGACUUGCGUGACAAUCAGUUAACUGACCUGGAUCUCAGCUCCUUGGGCAGCUUGGACCAGCUGCAUUGUGAACGGAACCAGCUGCGGGAGCUGACAUUGAGUGGUUACUCCCUCCGGGCCCUCUAUGCCAGUUCUAACAGGCUGACAGCAGUGAAUGUUUAUCCAGUUCCUAGCCUGCUGACCUGUCUAGAACUCUCUCGGAACCUCCUUGAGUGUGUCCCUGACUGGGCCUGUGAAGCAAAGAAGAUUGAGAUAUUAGAUGUGAGCUAUAAUCUCCUCACCGAGAUCCCUGUGAGACUCCUCACUAGCCUGAGUCUCAGGAAGCUGAUGGUGGGACACAACCAUAUUCAGAACCUUCCAGCCCUGCUGGAGCACAUUCCUCUAGAGGUGCUGGAUCUUCAGCAUAACUUGCUUACCCGGCUUCCAGAAGCCCUCUUCACCAAGGCCCUAAAUCUCAGGUUCUUGAAUGCGUCUGCAAAUAGUCUAGAGUUCUUGCCGUCGGCUUGCAGUGGGGAGGAAAGUCUGAGUAUGCUGCAACUUCUGUAUCUGACCAAUAAUAACCUGACAGAUCAAUGCAUCCCUGCACUGGUGGGGCACCCACACCUCCGCAUCUUGCACCUCGCUAACAACCAAUUACAGACCUUCCCAGCAAGCAAACUCAAUAAACUGGAGCAGUUGGAGGAGCUGAACUUGAGUGGCAACAAGCUAAAAACUAUUCCCACAACAAUAGCAAACUGUAAACAGCUGCACACACUUGUUGCACACUCCAACAACAUCAGCAUAUUCCCAGAGAUCCUACAUUUGCCCCAGAUCCAGUUUGUAGAUUUGAGCUGCAAUGACUUGACUGAAAUCCUGAUUCCUGAGGCUCUUCCUGCCACUCUCCAGGACCUAGAUCUGACUGGAAAUACCAAUCUGGUUCUGGAACACAAAACACUAGACAUCUUCAGCCAUAUCACAACUCUGAAAAUUGAUCAGAAACCCUUGCCAACAGCUGAUUCUUCAGUCGGAUCAACCUUCUGGAGUCAUGGACUGGCAGAGAUGGCUGGUCAGAGGAAUAAGCUUUGUGUAUCUGCCCUUGCUGUGGAUAACUUUGCAGAGGGUGUGGAGGCCGUGUAUGCCAUGUUUGAUGGGGACCGAAAUGAGGAAUUGCCCCGCCUCCUGCAGUGUACGAUGGCGGAUGUGCUCUUAGAAGAAGUGCAGCAGUCAACAACUGAUACAGUUUUCAUGACGAAUACGUUUUUGGUGUCUCACAGAAAACUGGGUAUGGCUGGCCAGAAGCUGGGCUCCUCUGCUCUCCUGUGUUACAUUCGACACGACGCUACCGAUCCAGCAAGUGGCUUCACCCUGACGCUGGCCAACGUGGGCUCGUGUCAGGCAGUUCUGUGCCGCAAUGGGCAACCGCUGCCCCUCUCCAAAGUCUUCAGUUUGGAACAGUGCCCAGAGGAGGCCAGAAGAGUUAAGGACCAAAAAGCCAUCAUAACUGAGGACAAUAAAGUAAAUGGAGUGACCUGCUGUACCCGGAUGUUGGGUUGUACGUACCUGUACCCCUGGAUCCUCCCCAAGCCCCACAUCUAUUCCAUCCCCCUCACGGUGCAAGAUGAGCUGUUGGUCUUGGGGAACAGAGCCCUGUGGGAGCAUCUGUCGUUCGCGGAAGCCGUCGCGGCCGUGCGCCACGUGCACGACCCGUUGGCGGCCGCCAAGAAGGUGUGCACCCUGGCCCAGAGUUACGGUUGUCAGGAUAACGUCGGGGCGAUGGUGAUCUGCUUGAACAUCGGGGAGGAUGGCUGCACCUGUGAAGCGAAUGGACUCCCCCUCCCGGGCCCCGGGGGGUUCGCCCCCACCCCCGCCGCCGUCAAGGACCCUCCCAAGCCGACCACCCCUUCCUCCAGCAGCGGCAUCGCCUCGGAGUUUAGCAGUGAAAUGUCCGCCUCCGAGGUGAGCAGCGAGGUGGGCUCCACCGCCUCCGACGAGCACAACGCCACCGGCCUAGAGGCGGGCUUGCUGAUGAGGCCAGAGAGACGUUGCAGCCUCCAUCCUGUGCCCACCUCUGGGCUCUUUCAGCGCCAGCCUUCUUGCGCCACUUUCUCGAGUAACCAGUCGGACAACGGCUUGGACAGCGAUGACGACCAGCCGGUCGAAGGGGUCAUAACGAAUGGCAGCAAGGUGGAGGUGGAAGUGGAUAUCCAUUGCUGUAAAGGAAAGGGUCUCGAACCGUCCUCGCCCACGGUUGAAGAGGGGUCUCCUGCUCUGGGCCCAGGCCUAGAGGAAGAUUCUGGAGGUGGGGGGAGGCUGCUUGGGAUCAGGAGGCAGAAUAGCGUCAACAGUGCCAGUCACCUCCUGCCAGUCACCAAGGAGAAGACUGAAUUACAGAAAUCGCCCUCCACUUCCUGUCUGUACGGGAAGAAGCUCUCCAACGGCUCCAUAGUGCCCCUGGAAGAUAGCCUCAACCUAAUCGAGGUGGCUACAGAAGCUCCUAAAAAGAGAACUGGCUACUUUGCCGCUCCCUCCCAGCUGGAGCCCGAAGAUCAAUUCGUGGUCCCCCAUGACCUGGAGGAGGAAGUGAAGGAACAAAUGAAACAUCACCCGGAAAACAGACCCGAGACAGAACCCCACGAAGAGGAUCGGACUGACCGUCGUGAAGAAUUUGACACCGCUUUAUAAUUCCCCUAGGAGAGUUGUCGCGGCAUCUCUCUCCUCUGUAAUGUAGGGACCGGCGGCCCCCUUGAAGGAAUCAGACUCUGUAGUGAGUGAUCUUAGCGGAAUAGGAGAAGGCACCCAGAGCGGCCAAGUGAGAGCUGCUUGGUUCCUGCUCUGGGGACCAAGUAACUUCGCUCAGUAGUGGGUUUCACGCUUACCUGACACUGGGAUUCCCAGUGAUGCUGGGCAGAAGACAGGCCCCGUUCGGCCUCCGGCCGGCCACCCACCGUUAACUUUUUCUUUCUUGGGAUAAUUUUGAGAAUUCGCCCGCCGGGGCGGGGAAAAGUAUUUGUCUCUGUGGAGGAAGUGGCUAAAGGUUGAUUCUCUUAAUGAUCACUCCUAAAGGAUCUUUUGUGACACACAGCUCUUACCGGGUAAAGUGUCAGGACUCAGCCUAACUCCGAUGCGAUGUGACUAGUCACAUGGCUUUAUUAUUCUUCUCUAAGAGAACACAGCCUAGCAAAAUGAAGCUUACUGGAAAUGCAGAGCCAAUCGAACUGAUUUCUGUAUGUACUGUAAAGGAAGCACUUUUCAUUGACUGUGAAAUUUUAUUUUUGAAUCUGCACUCGAGCCAAUCUUCUUAGAAGCAGCCCGACCCCUCUGUUCUUUGAAUUGGGCCCAGCCGACGGUGUGGGCGCCUUCACGUGGGCACCCGGGCACUGGAGUCCGAACUCCCUUCCCGACAGUCCCAGCAAGAGCUGGAAGGAGUCGGGCAUCAGUGCCCGCCAGGCAGGAGAGGAGUAGAGGCUGGUCUUAUUGGGGGAUAAAGAGUGUGGGAUGGGAGCUGGGGGAGGGGAGCUGGGGGGAAGGAGUGUUCCAAAAAACAGGAGGGGUGGGGAGGGGGUCAGAGACCUCUAGUGAGUCUGGCUAGGAAUAUUUGAGAUAGAGCAGUUCCCGGCAUGCUUCCAGGGGAGCAUCUGGGGGUUGGAGUCAUUCAGGCAUAUAGCGUAGGCCAGGGAAGUAGCCGUCCCCCUCUCUAGGGGCCGGGGCCAGGGACUGCCUGCUCACACCCAGGAAAUCGGAGCCAUCGGAGCCGUCUCUUACAGAUGGAGGCAGAGUAGCUCGAUCGGGUUCCCUGGGUUGAAGUGCUUUGUUUUCUUCCCGACUAGGUCAGAGAGAUUUUUCUCUCCCCUCUCACCCUCAAAAAAAAAAAACCCACCAAAAAACCCCCAAUAACCGGGAUUGGGUUUUGUCUCGAUUCUUUUUCUUUUUCUCUUUUCUAGAUCACAAAAACUUAAUAAGGAUAAUAAUGAAGUUUGCUAUUCUGAAAUCAGUACUGAUCUGCCAAACAUGUUCUCGAUGAGUCCUGGACUCCUUUACGGAUACGGGAUUUUUAUUUAAUUACAGACAUUUCCAGGCAAACAGAAACUCCAGUUUUCUGUGUGUUUGCACAUCCCUUCUCGCUACAUGGCCCUGUCAAAAUGCGUUUCCUUGCACAUUCUGCUUUGUGGCCUUUUUAAAGGUAGUAGAGUUGUCCUUCAGUUUGAGAGUUUACUUGGAAGAGUUAAAUCCUUGAAGUUCAUUCAAAAGCUUUCUCUGGUUUAAUCUUCUGGGGAAUGUGCUUUAUAUUCUUUGAGCAAGGGUGCAGUCCCAAAAGAAAACUGGGUGGAAUCAUGAAGCAUUCGCUUGAUCGGGACACAAGUAUUAGAGAUCAGUUUGCCAAAUACGAAACUCAUGCGUCAGAUUUUUUUCAUCAAAAACAAAAGAGAAAUGGGAGCAAACCAGUGAACCAAAUGACUGAAAGUCUUGUUGCCAAACUCCACAUUUUAGAUUCUAGUCUGAGGCCCUCCACAAGGAUGUGGCAGGUCUUAAGGUCUUCGGGGAUCCUGUACCAGUUCAGGGAUUGUCUAAUGUAAAUCUCCUCAGGAGUCUAAAUUUGAGUCCUUGCACUGUUAGGAGAAUUUCAAAUUCUCUGUCGAACUACUAGCCUGCUUGCCGAGCAGGUUGCCGGCUCCGGCCUUUGAUCCGAAGCUUCGGGGCUUGUGGAGAAUCACGGAGAGACGUGUCCGGAUGAGGUGCAGUUAGACGGCAAUUCGCCAGUGUGAGGGGGUGCCAGUUUCAGAAAUCAGAGCGUAAAUAUGGGAAAGGGACGGAAAACAGGGUGGUGAGGAGCAGCUUCAGUUCAUGCCUCAGCGCAUUUUAGAAGAUUGGCAUCAGAGAACAAAGUGGUUUAACUGGGGAAGGUUAACUACUGUACUAUAUUGUGUGAAUAAGGCUAACUCACCCGUAACCCUUCUUCCCCAGGGAUGUGUGGCUUACCGAUUCACCCACUUAAAUAUCCUUUCCGGGUUUCCUUUUUCCAAAUCCUCCAGCAUCCAGAGAAAAGGCAACUCCUUUCAUGUGCUAACUAAACCUGUCUACUGACAAUUGAACUCCCGUUUUUUGUUGUUGUUGUUUUUUCCACCGAGCUUCUUGUCCAUUUGAUUGUACGGCUGAAAUCUAUCGGACCGGCUGCGGCGGCCGGGAGAAGGCUCUCGCUAAGUGAGAUCCUGGUGGAAACUUACAGACUGUGGUGUGAUCCCACAGGAGUUGUCAUAUGAGAUCAGGCAGUUGGGUUAGCCCGGCCUCCAGCGGUCCCUGCUGCCUUACUCCAAGAGGAAGAGAACACUCCCCUUGGCCCGCGUCUCACCCUUUAGCCCAUCCUUGCUCUGAGUCCCAGGUCUGCCGGGCCAUCUUAUCUGUGUGGUUGUAAAGGAGGUGGAAGUCGAAUGUUGCUGAGCUUGAGGUUCUGGAUGUAGGAGACACCCCAACAAGAUGAAAGUGCUUAACCCCGGGCGGCCGUUGUAUUCGUUCCCCCGCUUUGACCCACAAUCGGAAUUCGAAUUGAUGUGGAGUUGGCCUGCAGUGGGCGGGCAUAAAGCUAACAGUGCUGCUAAAGGGUCAGUAUAUUACCACUUACACAGUUGGGGGGUGGAAGGAGGGGCAGGGGUGUGCGUGCAUGAGAGCGAUAGAGUGGUGUAUUCAUUUCCUCUGUCUAUGAGGUGGUGCAGAUAGGAGCAGCUUGAUGAGCACUGGUGCUAUUAGGGUAGUCCGAAUGCAGUUGCUGCUAUUUUCCAGAAAGCGGGGGCCUGUUAGGAGUCAAUCUAGGGCCAAUUUAACAACUCUCUUUUCUCUUCUCGGAGUCACUCAGCAAAGAAAGGUACUCAUCAGCCCUGUGCUUAUCUUUCUCUGUUCAAUGAUUCUCCCAACGGAAGAAACCUCGGUGAGUGACUAGGUGAAAUCCGUGAUGUCGGAAACUGAUAAAUAUAUCAAGUGUUAAACAGCCUCUGAGUCGUCGGUGCUCGGAACAGGCCGAGACUUGCCUCACCCACCAAACCCCAACCCCAACUGGAUUCUUUCAGCCUCCCGAGGGCACGGAGGUGAGUGGAGUUUUCAUUGCAGUCGGUGGCUUUGGCCCACAAAUAAAUUAACUUCCUGCUUGGGAAGAGAGGCUACACCAAGAACUGCACCGAUUCUCUCGUUUGCCGAACGUCGUCCCGUACGAGCUCCUGGACCCUAGAACUUUUAUGCACUUCUGCUGGAUUCUGUAGGGUUUUCCCUCUCUCUCUCUCUCUCUCUCUCUCUCUCUUUCUUUCUGUUGCCAACGGACAUCACCCGAGCAAUGGGUUCACAUCUUAUGGUUUUGUGCAAUCAUUGUCCUAGUCUUAAGACUCAUAGUGUAUUUUUGAUAUUUUUGAAAUGUGUUAAAUUUUUUAACUCAAUAAUUACAUGAGCCAGAGCAUGUUGCCGCAGAUUUAUUGUUUGUAAUAAAAUAAAAUAAACUAAAAUAAAAUGUAGUAUCUUUUUCA